AUGGUCCAAAUAGAAGGGGCCAAAGAAAUUGAGGUGGCCCAAGAAAUUCCAAAGGAAGGGAAUGCCCAACAUUGCAUCAUGGUGCCCAAAAAGGAGGAAAAUUUGCCCGAGAAUGUGUGCUAUGAGAUGCCCACCAAGAAAAUGUCCUCCUAUCUUAAGCCCUUGUAUGUGGGAGCUCAUUUUGAUAGAGUUCCGGUGAGCAAAGUCCAUGUGGAUACAGGGGCCACAGUCAAUAUCCUAUCAGCCUCAAUCAUGAGGAAAUUACAGAAAGGCUCAAAUGAGUUAAUUCCGACCGAGACAACGAUCAGUGGGUUCGUGGGAGACACUACGACUUCAAAGGGGAUUAUCCACUCCAAGUUAGAGUGGGGCAAAAAGUUAGAAUGA